AAGUCUCCUCAGCUGUAGCACCAAAGCGAGUACUAGUUUGUCAGGAAAGCGGAGUGAUAUGCACUCCGCCUCUCCAGUCUACUUGUGUCCAGGAUCUGGUGGACAUGGCACGGGCAGACGGAGGGAAGAAGCGGUGGAAAACGAGAGAAAAUCUUUAAGAAAGUAGGAACUACCGCUUAAACGUUACAAGAAAACUCAUUAUCAUGGCUUGCGUGCAUUGUUAGAAGGUAUGUGACUAAACGAUCAUUUAAUUGUUUCAUUAAGAGUAGAACUGAACUCAAGUGAGCUUUAUCAGUAAGGUACGCUGGGCAGAGGCUCGCCACUUUCCCUCGGAGGGCUGUGCUAACAGCUAGCAUAGCUUAGCCAAAGUUGUGAGAAGUUCAAAAAGUUUCUGGAAUGGAGGAAGAGGAGGAAGGGUGAAGUAGCUUAGGCGAACCGUUAAGAGGUAGAAAACUAUGGCUCAAAGUUAUAUUUUCAAGAGGAAACAACGUCCUAAAACGUGACUAGAUAGUAAUAGUUGUUAUGAGGUGUCUGACUAUAAGUUUAAGCUAAACAAGUUGUGUUCUGUUAACGUUAGCUAAGCUACUUAGCAAAUUCUCGAGGUUACUGAUAUUAGCUUGCUGCAUACCAGGAUUAGCUAAUGCCACUGAAAUGAUGUAUUAUAUUAUGACUGUGCGUAUUUUCGUGGUACAGUUGAACUAGAGCAGUACUAAACGCUAUUUUUACUACUAUUUGUGUAACGUCAGAUGCGUCUUUCUGAAUCCCUUUUCUCUUUCUCUGGGUGGGGGGUGCUUAACGUUACUACUCACCGAAUCGUUCUUCCAUAUUGUCUGUUCCCUGUACUUCAUACUUGUCAAGCAUUUCAGACAGAUUUCACACGGUCAAGCAAAGUAUUAUUCUUGAGUUUUCCAAUGUUGUGUGCUUUUAUAGACCCUGUUAAAGCGAGAAUGACGGCAUUAGGUUAACUCAGAAGAGACCAAACUGAUAAACAGCUACUUAUGCUGGCCAAUAUUAGGAAAAAUUUUGUUGUUUACCACCUCCAGUUUUCUUCUCUUCCAAUUUGUAUGGAGGGGUUUGGGUUUUUGGAACGAGCCUGAGAUGAGUAUUGAUUCUCUGUAUGAAUUAUAUCCCAUGGCUUCCAAAACAGUCCCCUGGCAUGUUAUCUACAAUUAAGGCUGGUGGAGUAGAACGCUCGCUGUGCAUUGCUUGGAGAAAUCAAUCUGGAGAGGAGCUGGGAGUUGUUGUUGUUGUUAUUUGUUAGCCUGUCAACUUGCACCGGUGAGACCUGCUGCAGCGCGUCAGUUCGACAGAGGUCCUGAUCUCGGCUCCUGCAGCCUGCACCCCCUCCCUCCAUCAGUGGUGGUGACCCAGCUCCGGACUGCUUGCUGCAGGGCCCUUCCUGAGCAGCAGCAGCUGCGUCCUGCUUGCUGACUCCCCUCCCUCCCCUGCUUCCUGUCCUUGGUCAGACAAGGCUAAAGCCUCCUCUCCCCUACCCCACCCCUCAUCUCUGUUGGCCUCUCAUAAUCUCACACACACAUUCACACACUCAAGUGGUUUCUCUUGUUGACCACACGUUCAUACACCGUUUUAGGCUACUAACGCUAGUUGGAGAUCAUCAGCAGGGGACUUGUAGACCCCCUUGGUCUCCCUGGAGUGAGUCCUCCUUUUCACCUACACUACAGCCUCCAGCAUGACCUCCAUGUCCAGUCUCUUCUCCUUCACAAGCCCAGCAGUCAAACGCCUGCUCGGCUGGAAGCAGGGAGACGAGGAGGAGAAAUGGGCAGAAAAGGCAGUGGAUGCGCUCGUGAAAAAGCUGAAGAAGAAGAAAGGCGCCAUGGAGGACCUGGAGAAAGCUCUGAGCUGUCCCGGGCAGCCCAGCAAGUGUGUUACCAUUCCAAGAUCACUGGACGGCCGGCUACAGGUUUCCCACAGGAAAGGUCUGCCUCACGUAAUCUACUGCAGAGUGUGGCGCUGGCCAGACCUCCAGUCCCACCACGAGCUCAAGCCCCUGGAGGUGUGCGAGUACCCGUUUGGCUCCAAACAGAAGGAGGUCUGCAUCAACCCAUAUCACUACAAGCGAGUGGAGAGUCCUGUGCUCCCUCCUGUCCUGGUACCGCGGCAUAGCGAGUUCAACCCACAGCACAGCUUGCUGGUACAGUUCCGCAACCUCACCCACAACGAGCCGCACAUGCCCCUGAACGCCACCUUCCCAGAGUCUUUCCAGCAGCCACACAGCGGGGGCGGCAGCAGCAGUGGAGGAGGUGGAAGCGGUUCUUUUCCCAUCUCUCCCAACUCUCCGUAUCCUCCUUCUCCUGCCAGCAGUGGUACUUAUCCAAACUCUCCUGCCAGCUCGGGGCCCUCCAGUCCAUUCCAGCUCCCAGCUGACACCCCACCCCCAGCCUACAUGCCCCCUGAUGAGCAGCUGGGCCAGGAGAGCCAGUCCAUGGAAACAAGCAGCAGCGUGGUGCCGCAGAACAUGGCCAGAGGAGAUGUGCAACCAGUGGAGUAUGAGGAGCCAAGCCACUGGUGCUCUAUUGUCUACUAUGAACUCAACAAUCGUGUAGGAGAGGCUUACCAUGCCUCGUCAACCAGUGUGCUGGUGGAUGGCUUCACUGACCCUUCCAACAACAAGAACCGCUUCUGCCUCGGACUGCUGUCCAACGUGAACCGCAACUCAACAAUCGAGAACACCCGCAGACACAUCGGCAAAGGAGUGCACCUGUACUAUGUGGGAGGGGAGGUGUACGCGGAGUGCCUCAGUGACACCAGCAUUUUUGUCCAGAGCCGUAACUGUAAUUACCACCACGGCUUCCACCCCACCACUGUCUGCAAGAUCCCCAGCGGAUGUAGCCUCAAGAUUUUCAACAACCAGGAGUUUGCUCAGCUUCUGGCCCAAUCGGUCAACCACGGCUUCGAGGCUGUCUACGAGCUUACCAAGAUGUGUACCAUUAGGAUGAGCUUUGUCAAGGGCUGGGGAGCUGAGUAUCACCGACAGGACGUCACUAGCACCCCCUGCUGGAUCGAGGUGCACCUGCAUGGGCCCCUCCAGUGGCUGGACAAGGUGCUAACACAAAUGGGUUCGCCUCUCAACCCAAUCUCCUCUGUGUCCUAAUGAUGGACUUGUGGGAGCUUGGGAGGUCUAAUUUUGUUUUUGUUUUGUUUUUUUUACUUUACUCCCCCUCAGUGAUUUAUAAUUUAAGGUGGUCUUAAUGGCUGAACUGUUUACACUUAACUUUGGGAAGGGAUAUUGAAAUUCAACAGCAGCAGCAGCUGGAAUCAGUUGUUGAAGCGUUGAGUAACAUUACAAGCAAAUACCUGGAGAAAGAGAGGAAGAAGGAAUGCCCGAGUAGCAGUAACAACACGGACACACUACUGCUCGACAAUGCUACAACAACUGCAAGAAUUGAGGGCUACAUCGUCAAGUUUAAAUCUGUCAAAUGUUAAUUUUUGCAUCAAGUUUUAUUGUUUUCUCAAAUGUUUUUAUUUCUCUGUAUGUGUAGUUUUUAAUGAAGCAGAACUAUUUCACUACUCUGCCUUAUGUCCGACAGACAAAUUGGAAUUUUACUGAACACUUUUCGUACAUUGUUGUCUCAAUGUCAGAUAUUUACAAUUAAGAUAUAGACACGAUAAUGUUUACCAUUAGGCUCAGAUAUAACAAAUGCUUUCUUUUUAUAGUCUCUACUGCUAGAAAUGUACACUGAGCUACUGCCUUUAAGAGAAGGUUAUGUAUGCCAACCUGAUAGUUUUUGAUAUGGGAGAUCAAUCACUGAACAAGUUUAACAUGCCAUAAGCUAACAACAUUGUGAAUGUUACAUCUAUUGCAAUAGUAGUCAUUUAUGAUAUAAUCAGACAAUGAACAUCAUCAUUAUUAAGUGAGAGUGACUAUUUUCAAUACUCACUGUAUUAACAAUAUUGUGCACUCGUGGAUUUUGUGGAGGCAUAUUAAAUUUUGGCGUGGGUACCAAGGCAUUAUGUUAAUUGACUUCAUUAGCUCAAUGAAAUAAACAGGUUAUUUGGUAACAGUG